CCUUUCGCAAAAAACCCAAAUAUCAGGAAUGCGGAGUCCAAAUUAAUUUUCAAUGUUUAUCUUCAUUUUAAGUGGGCCACAAAUGUUAAAUAUCUUGAGCAUAAUCUGCAAUUUGUCAUGCGUAUGCAUCCUUAAUACAAAUUACAUAUUUUAUUUCUUGUAAUCCAAAAGAAACAAUCCUAGGAAGGAUCAACCUCAACAAUUUAUUCGGACUAGGAACAUCAAAAUACCAAAGCCUGAUACAGCCGCACUCAAACUCUUGACCCUCCUUAUACUUGAACUGUAUUGGAACUCUAAUUCCUCUUGUAUUCUAUAAAUACAGAGUAGAUUUCAUCUGCUCAGUAACAAAGUUACGCAGCAGGCACAAGUAUUUUGGAGGAGCAGAGAAAACAAAUCCAAGGUAUAUUUGAGUACACUUAUUUCUUAUUGCAAGCUUCUUCUUUUUCAUGGUGCAGGUACCGCUCUAAAAAGGCUCGUGUCCACAAAUUCGCAAGCUGUUCCUAAGUAAUCGUUGUUGUUCAUUGGAUUCCAGAGGAACUACGCCGAAUACAUCUUGAUCUGAGGAGGAGGCUUUGCCGGCCGGCUCAUCCUCGAGAGUAGAACGGCUGUUCUUCCUUCACCGCUCCCUCAAUAUCUCCAAUCUGUGACAAUAUCUCCAAUCUGUGAGAAAAAAAAAACGUGAUCCGCAGCAUCAACGGCGUGGAGUCCAGGAGCUAAUUCGGUCACAAGUUAAUGUUUUGCCAUUGGAGAAGAAGACCUGGCCGGGUUCUGAAAUUGAUUUGUGGCCGGAGAAGACGAUGCCUGAGUAUUUGUUGGUGCUGCUCGCCGAAUUGGUAGCGGCUGCUUGGUCACCGAAGGAGGAAAGAGAUGACAGAUGGCGUUACUGGUGCCCGAGGUCGUUUCCAGGUGAGGAGGCGUCUGCUGUCUUCUGGAGCUGCUAUCCGCGUGGAGGAGAUCCGCAGGAAGGAGAAGAAUGUCUGGCCAAGAUUCGCGUGGAGGAGAUCCGCACGAGGUCGAUUACAGUAACUUUUGGCCAGAGGAAGGAGACAACUGCUCGUGCGAAUAAAUUGAACAGUAAUUGGGCCAACUUUUACUUUUAAUAAAUUGGGCCUUUGGGCCUAUUUUAUGCUUUGAGCUUUCCAAUGAAUCCGGGCAAUUCUAAAAUCGCAACGAGGCC